CCACACUGACGGAGGAAUUCCAAUCCAAUUGCCCCUCACUUUCGUCUUUCUGCUUGGCUACUAGGCAUUACCUUGCAUAUCCCCACUGAGCUCAUACAAACAAACAACAACAACAACAACAACACAACAAGAACAACAACAUUCCAUCUUGACCACACUUCUCGGUCGUCCCCGUCGCUCGCCAUCACCAUGGCCGACGACCAGGGCAAGGACAAAGACCUGCAGAAGAGCCUGCGGCGGGCAGAUAGCAACAUGCAGCGUCAGUUCGCCGCCGUCCUUCGCGAUGCCCAAAGGCUAUACAGCCAGUCCGGCGCCCAGCCCAUGGAUCUCGCCGACUUCUUGAACCCGCCCAUGCGCUCCGUCGAGGACCUCCUCAAUGUCGUCAACCACCAGAACGACCAGUUCGAAGCCUUCCGUGCCCGCCGCCAGAAGCUCUUCCACGCCCUCUCCGCCGCUAUGGGCCCCCUCGAGCUCAUCGGCGGCACCCUCGCCGAAGCCGCCGCCGAGGCCGUCUUCCCACCGAGCCAGGGCAUCUUCGCCGCCGCCGUCUACCUCAUCAACACCGCCAGGAACGUCUCGUCCUGCUACGACUCCAUCGUCGAGCUGUUCGAGAAGCUGUGCGAUUUCACCGCCCGCCUCAAGUUCUACCUCUCCCAGCGCCUCUCCACCGAACUGCACGAGAAGAUCGUCCAAAUCCUCGUCUCCCUAUUCGAGAUACUCGUCGUCGCCGCCGCCGAGGUCCGCCAGGGCCGCCUCAGGGCCUACUUCAAGCGUCUCUUCGGCAAGGGGAGUCCCGUGGACGAGCCGAUGCGCCGCCUGACCCUCCUGACCGAGGCCGAGGGUCGCCUCGUCGGCGCCGAGAGCCUGGCCGGUGUGAAGAAAUCCCUGUCCAACCAGGACCGCCUCCUCGAUAUGAUGUCCCGCCUCGACAUCAAUGUCCAGACCUUGCGAUCCGACACCCGAGAGUCCGCUCUCUCUGCCAACAAGGAUCGCCUUCGCCACAUCCUCCGUCCCUCCGUCCACCCGCAAGAUACGUACGAGGUUCUCGACCGCACCCGCACCCCCAACACCUGCGACUGGCUUCUCCGUGACCCGUCCCUCCACGCGUGGGUCAACGGCAGCUGCCGCUUUCUCUGGAUCUGCGGCAACAUGGGCAGCGGCAAAUCCUAUCUCGCCGCUCGCCUCAUCCGCUGGGGCCUCCGCAUGCUCGAGGAGCAAGACGCGAACCACAUGCUCGGCUACGUCUUCUUCCGCCACACCGACCCGGAAACUCGCUCCGUCGUCCAGGCCCUCCGCGACGUUGCCUACCAGCUCAGCGAGAUCGACGUCUUUUACGGCAAGCAGCUGCUCCGCGCCCUCCACAGCUCCGACGACAUCAAGACCGUCGCCAGCGCCUUCCGCCGCAUCCUCGUCGAGCCCUGCAUCGGCGACAAGUGGAAGCGCCACAUUUACGUCAUCCUCGACGGCCUCGACGAAGCCGACCCGGCCGAGCUCACCGAGUUCCUCUCCCUCCUCGACACCCUCCAUAAGCAGUCCCCCGGGGGCACCCGUGUCCAGGUGGCUCUCAUCGGCCGGAACGCCAUCUCCGACAUCGUCCUGCCCCCGCUCCAGAACGACUCGACCGGCGGUCAACAACUGCGCACCCUGCACGUCACCCCGGACAGGAACGGCCACGACGUCGUCGCGUACAUCGUCGCCGGCGUCAACGAGGCCCACAACCUCCGGGGCCUGUCGCCAGAGUUGAAGAUGGAGAUUGUUCGCGUCAUGGCCAAGCAGGUCGACGGCCUCUUUAUCCUGGCCAAGUUCAUGCUUUCCGAGCUCAGUCGGGAACGCCACAUGCGCGGCGUUCUCGAAAGGUUGCAGUCGUAUCCAAAGGAGAUCAACGGCAUGCUUCGUCAAUCCAUCCUUCGCUUUUCCGAGACCAUCACCGUGGCCGACGCCCGCGAUUUGAACGAGGUCCUGCAGUGGGUUUGCUGCGCCGAGACCGCCCUGACCUUGGAGCAGAUCGAGGCCAUCCUGUCCCUCAAGUUUGGCGACCCUCCCCUGCACCUGGAAGAAUCCCUACGGACCCAUUUCGCCUCCUUCUUUACCCUGGAGCGCGAGGAUGGCUUGUCGACCGCCGACCUGGUCGAGCGGUACCAGCAGCAACGCGCUUUGGCCGCCGAGAGAAACAACGUGGACGAAGACAAUAACGCCCUGGAUCCCGCCGCCCGACGCAGCCCUGACCUGUCCGAGGCCGAGAGGGAAGUCGAGUUCCAUUCCAACAAAGAGACCACAUGGGUGACCUUCUUCCAUGCCUCGGUCCACGAAUUCUUCCUGGCCGACUGCUCCACCGACAUCCGCGCUUCUCCCAACCACCCUUCCAUAGGCUUCAACACGGCCGCCGCCAAGCUGCACGUCCUAGACACGUGUCUCCGCCUUUUCACCGAUGCGGAUUGCCCCUCGUUUGGCUUCCAGGGACUGUCGCUUCAACGCUACGCAGCUCGCUACUGGCAAGAACAUCUCGCCCACCUCGACCGGGCCGCUCUACCGGCGCCCACCAAGGCCACCCUCGGCAAGCGGAUCUACACUAUGCUCACCGACCGGCCCGUGAUACUGGCCUGGACGAACUUGUUCGAGGAGAGCCUGGAAAUUUGGAGUGACAAGGGCAUCGACGUCGUUCGCGCCUGGAUGGCCGACCCCGACGUCGUAAGCGGCCUCGCAGACGAGGGUCGGGCCUGGGCGGCCAAGGCCGUCGCUGCUCCCGUGAGCCUCCUGGAACCCUUCGGCAGGAUAUUCGCCCAGGCCUGGCUCAAGGAGGACUUUGGCAUGUACAUCCCGACACUCUUCUGUUUCGGCGUCGUGCAGUCGCUGGCGAUGAUGGAUCGCGGCGCCAAGUGGUCCGACUCGGUCUACCACUGGGAAGAUGUGCCGGCGGAGACGCGAGUGCAGAGGGCAGCACUGUGGUCGAGGCAGCCCAAGACGGGUCACUUGUAUCGUAGGAUCGGAAGCACUCUUCUCACCUUAGGCCACCACAACCAGGCGCUGCUCAACUUUGACCGUGCCAUGGAACUGGACCGGAACAUCGUCGAGACGUGUGGUCGCAUCGGCGUGUGCUAUUACAUGGCCGGCAACUACAAGAAGGCCCUCAACCUCCACCUCAUGUCCAACGUGGUGGAGGAAAAGAACCUGCGGGAGAAGAAAUACAAGACGCACCAGGAAUACACCACGGCGCGUUGGCGGUUUUACAAGAACCUCUACCAGAUUGCCCAGUGUUACCGCAAGCUGGGCCGGGUCGAGAGCGCCGUCACGUACUGCUGCGAAGCCAUCAAGCACGCUUACGAUUGUCCGGCUUUCGAGCCCGAGGCCGCCCUUAUGAUGAUCCUGGCCGAGAACAACCGCGUGGCCGAGAUUACCAGGCUGCUCGACGAGCUGGACGAGAGGUACACCGAGAACGGAUACUCGCGGCUGGUCUAUUUCCUGCUCGACCAGAUCCCCAGCGACGCGACGAGAGACUGGAUACCCGAUGCGGCGGCGCGGACGAACCGGACGGCCAGGAUUGCGCGACGCUACCAAGCGGCCAUCAAGAUCGCGCAGGAAGAGAUAAACUCUCGCAAGGAGUAUUACCUCCGCAACGCGCUGGGUCGCGUCUACAUGUCGGCGGAGGAAUACGACAAGGCAAUCAUCAUCCAAGAGGCCAUCUGCUUCCAGGAGUACAGACCAAGAGGCAGCAUCGCCGUGCGGGUCGAGUACGCGAGCUCGUUCCGAAACCUCGCGAGCCUGUACUACCUCAAGGCGCUCCAGGAGGGCGACGGUAGCCUGCGCAGUCCGGCGGUGGACAAGUGGACGGCGAAGCUGGAGAAGCUGCAGGAGCAGCAGCGCAAGUACCAGAACCGCAACGUGCCGCAGCACAUGGCCGGGUUCGACGUCAACGAGGCGUCCAUCUUCCUGGUGCUCUUUUACCGGUUCCGCGACCGGGUCGACGAGGCGAAACAGCUGGCGUCGUCGCUCGUGAUGGAGAGCCUGGAUAUCUUGGAGGAUGACGAACCGCAGAACGACGAGAUUGGCAUCCGGAACCUCCAGCGGAUCCUCAUCGCAGCGGGGGACGAGCCCAACGCGAGGGCGCUCUGCCAGUCGACGCGCAAGCCGGUGGUGGUGAGCAGCAGCAGCAGCAGCAGCAGCAACAGCAUCAGCAACAAUGCUUCGGGGGGCCGCCUCAGGUCGGACCGGCAGGUCAGUUCGCCGCGGCUGGGGGUCUCGCCGAAGCGAGGGGGCGGCGAGAUGAACCUGACGAAGGUGUUCUCGGAGGAGGGGGAGUUCGCGCCGGCGCUGGCGUGCGACUAUUGCAUGAAGCGGUUUGAGGUGGACGAGACGUACGCGGUGUGCAUGUACUGCAUCGACACGCGGUUCUGCCUGCGGUGCCUGGAGAACGCGAUCAAGCUGCGCAGCUUCUCGCCGGGCCACACUUCGGCGUGCGGGCCGAACCACAACUGGCUGACGGUGCCGGCGCUGGAGAAGGAGUUGCAGGUGGGGGAGAUUAUAGUGGAGGGUGCGAUACAGCGGAUUACGGAGUGGAAGAGGAUGCUGCACCGGGCGUACAUGGGUCCGGCGAGGAGGCGGGGGAGUCCGAGCCCGAGCAGAAGUCCGCACCAGGGGGGGUUGGGGAUUCUGUAGCGGAGAAGAAUGUCCAGCGUAUUGGUCAUGGAAAGAGAGUUGAUUAAUGGUGGAUUAUAUACCCUUUUGCGAAUAGAUAGGAUGGGGCGUCAUUUUUGGAGAUUGUUGAACGUGUACUUGGCUCUUACAGUCAAAAUGUGGCAUGUCUGUAGCUUCAAAAGAGAUCUGUUUAGUUAAUAUCAAGAUGGUAUC